ACAAUACAUUAUCUUUCUAAUUAUUUAAUUUGUAGCUGGUAAUAAGUGGGUCAGACACUAAUGUAAAUAUUGGGACCAUGGAAAGUGAAUAUGUUCAGACACAUUGUGUCUUGGCUGAUGGUGGAGAUCAGUUUGGGGUUUGUUCCUUGGCAUUUGAUAAGCACGAAGAAUUGUUAUGGAUGGGAAACCAAGGGGGUCAUGUCACGUCUUACUACAGUGGCGGUCUCCAAAAGUAUACAUCAUUUCAAGUCCACGGCUCAGAAGACAUUAGGCAAAUAUUAAGUGUGGAUGACGGAGUUUUAAUUCUGUCUCCUGGAAUGUUACGGUUUCAAAUUAGACGGGGCUUACCAAUAUUUACUCACAGAUCAUCUAAUUUACAAGAAAUGCAAUGUAUGUUGCAGCUAUCACCGUCGCGGUUGCUAAUGGGGGGCCAUCAAGAUAAAUUGAUCGAUUUCAAUAUAUCACAUUGUAAAGAAACUACUUUGAUUGAUGUUCGCCAAUCAGGUUGUGCUCUUUUAAGAAGCCACAGUAGAUUUGUUUGUACAGGAGAUCCUGUGGGGCUCAUUGAUCUACGAGACCCCACGACAUUGAAAGUAGAACACACUUUGGAAACACAUAGUGGCAGUUUAAGUGAUUUCGAUGUUCAGGGCAAUUUAUUGGUAACUUGUGGAUUUAGUAACAGGCAGGGUGGUUUGGCAGUCGAUCGUUUUCUUAUGGUAUACGAUUUACGAAUGCUUAGAGCAGUGUCACCCAUUCAAACCGUUCUGGACCCUUUGUAUUUGAGAUUUUUGCCCUCUAUCUCCUCGAGAUUGGCAGUGGUGUCUCCUUUGGGUCAAGUGCAGCUGGUGGACACUGUAGCCCUUUCAGAAACACGCCUCUGUCUGCUUCAAAUGGAAAACCCAGGUGCGAUGUGUCUUGCUUUUGAUGUGAGUGCUACUAGUCAAGCCAUGGCUUUGGGAGACAAUACGGGUUCGAUACAUUUGUUCUCAGCGACCAGUGACCCCCUUUUUAACUCCUAUUCACGUUUAACUGAACAGGCAGAUCAUGUUACCCCAUUUCAGAGUUUGGCGGUAGACGAUUAUAGUGUUCCUCUUUCUGCGAUUCCCUUGCCGCUUUUAAAUCCAGAAAUAUCCUUUGCUUCAGAUUGGCCUGAGCAUUUAAUACAAAAGACGUAUCGUAAAACGCCUCCGAUUGAUGCGGAAAUUUUGAAAACGAUGAAGGUAAAAGGUCCCAUUGGAUAUGCUCCCAAUCCCAAAGCGACCAGGCGUAAUCAGGUGAUAUAUAAUUUAGAAACAAUAAACAGUAAAACCCAUAAAAAAUAUUUACAAGACCGAAACUGUUCUAAGCAUCCGUUUGACGAAAACACAUUUAUAGCAAUCCCCAAAAGGUACAGAAGAUUCGAUAUGAAAUUUAGUAAACUGGGAACAGAUGAUUUUCAGUUUGAACAGUUCAACAGAACUGGCUUCUCUGGUUUGGAAGCCACUCUUCCUAACUCUUAUUGUAACUGUAUGAUCCAGGUCCUGUAUCAUAUUGAACCUUUACGUGUGCUUUUGCUGUCCCAUCUGUGUACCAAGGAGUUUUGUCUUUCCUGCGAGUUGGGUUUUCUUUUUCACAUGAUGUCUACUUCGCAGGGGCAGCCCUGUCAACCAGGGAAUUUCCUUAGGGCAUUUAGAACAGUUCCUCAAGCCUCAGCCCUUGGAUUAAUUGUCAGUGAUCUUAAUCCAGAGGCUAAGGCCAAGGUUGACCUUGCAGGACUUAUACAGAGCUGGAAUACUUUUAUACUUCAUCAGAUGCAUUCGGCCCUUUUGGAAACUAAAAAAAAGAGUGAGGGGAAAAGUAUGGGGUGUUCGUCAGAGGCAGAUUUUGGUGAUAGUAAAAUAGGAGAAUUGCAUAGUAGUUUAGACGAAAGAGAAAAUCCCGAAGAAAGCGACAUAAGUUCAUUAUUUGGUUUUAAACAGUUACAGAUUCACUGCUGUUUGAAAUGUGGCAAAGAGGUGAAAAAAGAAUCGAUGUUGCUGAAUUGUACUUUAGCAUAUCCAACAGGUGAUUUAGAAAAGGACAGUUGGUCCUUCUGUGAUAUUUUAACUGGUUCUUUGUGCCCCCAACAGAUGACUCGAGCAUGGUGUGAACAGUGUAACAAAUACACUCCCAAUUCACAAACAGGAAAACUGCAAUCACUACCGAAAAUCCUUUCGAUAAACACGGCCCUGCAGAACAGCCAAAAUAAAUUAUUUUGGCAAACACAAAUGGAAAAGAUGGUAUCGAAGGCCUCCAUUGUCGAAUCUACCGUUGCAACGAAUAUGUCUACCAUAUUGUCUUCCAAACCUUGUCGAUAUGGAGACAAUUGCUCCAGACCAGGAUGUCGAUUUAGGCAUAGUUUUGAUCCCGAUAAACAGAAGCCCCAGUGCCACGUCUCAUGCAGCAACAACUGGCUACCUCACAGUAUACAGAUGACCCUAGCAAACGAUAAACUUGUGAUAGAAAAGAGGAAUGUUAAAAAAAGCGCAAACGAACAACAUGAUGCUGUUAGUUCAAAAGAGACCAAUAGUGCAAGUACUACUGAAGAAGGAUCGCGAUCUAGCGAAACACUAGGUGGAAAAAUGGUUUCUAACAAUUACAAUCUUUCUGCGGUUGUUUGUUUUAUAAAAGAUCAUUCUUUUUCCGAGAAGAGGAACUUAAUUGCACUCAUUAGACUUCCAAAUCGAACGAAACAACCAUUGUACGGUGGUGGUUAUGGAGACGAUGAACAUCUUUGGUAUUUGUUUAACGAUUUCACCAUUUGCACCGUCCCUGCUCAGGAAACAGUUUGGUUUAGUUUGGAUUGGAAAAUACCAUGUGUGCUGUUCUAUUCUUCGGAAAAUAUGACAUUAGAAAAAAAGGAACUGCUGCCUGUUAUAACAAAAGUCCAAUUUCAGGAAGUGUUUGCUCAGGAUGAAAGCAUAGGAAAAAGCAGUGGCUGUAAAGGGGUCACAUUUACGCCCCUUUCAGAAAAGGAGAUGCCAAAGCCUGGGGAAUUGGUCGCUAUGGAUGCGGAGUUUGUUACUUUGGACCAGGAAGAGGCUGAACUAAGAAGCGAUGGGAAAAUGUCCACCGUAAAGCCCUCCCAGAUGUCUGUUGCUAGAAUAACUUGUGUUAGAGGGCAAGGACCUCUGGAAGGAGUCCCAUUUAUAGACGAUUACAUAUCUACUCAAGAGCAGGUUGCUGAUUAUCUUACUAAAUUUUCGGGAAUAAAACCGGGAGAUUUGGAUGCCAAUUUCAGUUCGAAACAUCUUACAACUUUGAAGUCAACUUAUACAAAGCUACGUUUCCUGCAAGACAGUGGAGCUGUUUUUGUAGGGCACGGAUUAAAAAACGAUUUUAGAGUAAUUAAUUUGGUGGUGCCCCCCGAACAAAUAUUUGACACUGUGCUGCUGUAUCAUCUACCCCAUCAUCGAAUGGUCUCUCUAAGGUUUCUGGCAUGGCAUUUUCUAGGUGUUAAAAUUCAGUCUGAAACUCACGAUUCGAUUGAAGAUGCACGUGCUGCUCUGCAUUUAUAUAGAAAAUAUAAAGAGUUAGUCGUGGAGGGUAAAUUUGUUGAUGCCCUCACAAAUCUUUAUGAGACUGGAAAAGCGUUGAACUGGAGAGUUCCUGACGACUGAUUCAACGUAUAAUAUAUUUUUCUCUGUACUUGUUGUACUUAACAUUCUUUUGUACGUAUUAUUAAAGUCAAAUAAACAUUAA